AUGACCCAGCCCCAGGAAGCCCCAGGCUUCUCGCUCACAUUCGCAGAGCUGGUCAACAUUGCCAUCCCACAGUGCGGAGUGGUGAACUUCAAGGCCCUGCAUCUCCUGCUCCAUGGCAUACUGGAGCACAUUGAAAUGGGCAAGCUCAAGAAGGUCCUCUCGGGGGAUGAGGACUUCCUCCAGACCUCUCAGGGCAUAGUCAUGCCCAGGGAAGGAGAUGCCCAGCCCAUACUCAGCCCCAUGAAAAAGGUCAGCAAUGUCUUCGACCACUUGGUAAGCCGUGUGGACAAGAUAGAGUCCCAGCUGGCCAUACUACGGGACCUGCCCUCCACCACCCAGCUGCUAGAGGGCAGCCAGGGAACCAAGCGACCUGCUGUAGACUUGUGGCAUCUCAUUAAGCUCCGGAAGAUGGUGGAGGGUAAUGAGGAAGCCAUCACAAAGGCAGUGCAGACCCUUCAGGAUUUGCUCACUGAUCUUCACAUACUCAAGGAAACCACCAAAACCCUCAGGGAGGAUGUGGACAUGCUGAAGGACAUGUUAAAAAAGGUACAACCAGAAAAAAUGGAUAUCGUCUAUGAUGAACUGAGAAUGCAGAACAGGAAGAUAAGCUCAGCACAGCGAGACAUGAUUUCUCUGCAGAAGAAGUUUCGAACCAUCCCCAAACCUGAGGACAUGGUGCUGUGGAGUGGCCUUCAUGAGGCCAUGUUCACCCCAGAAACUGAUGCAUCCCAGCUGGAACCAUCUGGUCUGUGGCCAAGCCCAGAGCAGCUCCCAGAUGCUGCCCUGGAACAGACCCUUGAGUUCCUCUACGCUGCUCAUCCUGUCCAGGUCUCAGAGCCCAUCCAAACCCCUCACCUCCUGCAGACCAUCUGGGAUUAUGAGGUUCCAGAGGAGGUGUCUUCCCAGGAAGAUUCACUCAGCAGUGCCCAGGAGCCAGGCCAGCCUCUGGCCCUCAAACUGGGGCCUGUGCCGGGGCCAGGUGUGACACCUGGGCUUAUGCAGGCACCUUGGCCUGCCCCAGGUGCCCAGCCCCCACCAUCACGAAUGUGGCCUAUGCCUCCAGGUCUCAGAGAGGGACGCAUGCCUGGCUCGUGGCCUUUCUGGGACUUAAGGUCCACUCAUCCCCUGCCUCUUCAGAGUCCACCACCAGCCACAGAGUUAGGCUCAGCAUGGCCUCAUCUGCUGCAGCCACACCAGUAUCACCAGCCAGCAGCCUCCUUGCUCUCAGCUGUCAAAGAAAGUGGGGAAGAAACUGAGGAUGAGGUCACCCAGGAUGGGAUCUCUGAGGAUGUGGUCCCCAAGGGCAGAGUCCCCAAGGAUAGAGCCCAAAAGUUUAGGACACCCAAGGACAAAGCCUUCAAAGAUAGAGCCUCAAAGGAUGGGGCGCCCAGGGAAGUACAGCCAAAGGAUCCCCGGGCUAUCCUUCAGCGGAUAAAAACAGCUGCCACCAUUGCUGCAGCUGCCGCUGCCGCAUACGCAGCUGCUGCAAACUCAGCAGCCGAUGCAGCCAGGGCUGCUGCAAACCAGGUUAAGGAUGCCCCUGCCACCCAAAUGGCUACCAAAGCAACAACUGUGGCUGCAUCUGGAGCCUUAGGGGCCUUUGCAGAUUUUUUGGGCGCAGGGGCUUCCCGUGGGGCCUCAGACUUCAUGCCCAUUACUGAUGACAGCAUCACUCCUGAUACAGCCCUGCUAGAUGCUAAGCAGGCCACGACCCCCGAAGAAAAGAAGAAGGCUGUCACAAAUUCCCUGAGCUACGUACCCCAGAUUCAAAUGACACAUGACUCCCUGAGAGCGGAGUUUGACCAGCUGUCAUCUGCCUUGAAUGAGCGCUUUACUUUUCUAGCCCAUAAAACAAUACUGUACAACAUGUACAACGGGGAGGAGCUUGAGAAAGUUUGGGGCCACCAAGUAGAGAUAAUGAAGGAUCACUACCUCGUGCUGGACAAGGCGGUGGAAAGGCUCCAGACGCGCAUGGACGAGUUCAAGAAAGCUGAUAGAAGUGCCCUGGCAUGCAAAGCAAACCGGGUUGAUCUGGAGACUGUGGCAACAGAGCUGAACCAGAUGGUUCAGAGCAUGCUCCUCAAGAUCACCAACCAGACAGGUGACUGGAAGAAGACUACAGAGCAGCUCAGGAAUGACAUGAGCACCAAGCUAAUCCGCAGUGACCUGGACCCUCUGAAGAAAGAAAUCCAAGAGGUCUGGAAAAUAGUCCGGAGGCUGCUGACCGAAGGUCUCCGAUACGACCCCGACAGCGCUGCAGCCUUCCGGAAGAAGCUGUUCGAGCGGGUAAAGUGCAUUUCCUGCGACCGGCGGGUGGAGAUGAUGACCGGCCCACAGCUGGUCACUAUCCGCAAAGCCAAUCUUCAGUCGCAGCUGCGCCCAGCCAGCGCCAAUACCUACGAGUACUUGCAGCGGCAACAGAUAAGGGAACAACAUCAGCUGCACCUCCAGGCCCUGGACACCCUGCGCUCCCAUCAGGACUGGGGUGAUGGCCCCCGUAACGAUGCCAACCUGAAGCACAAGUCAUGCAACCUGUCGACACUCUACCCCUAUGGGGACCCUAAACUAAUCGAUUAUGACACUGCUGAGGUGGACAUCCUGGGAGUGGACGGGAUCCUGUACAAAGGCCGAAUGAACACCCAGAGUGGGGCUCGACCCUUAGCCACCGUGGACAAGGAGCAGGCAGCUGUGAAGUUUCCAUCUCCUCAAUCUCAAAGCCUGCAUGACCAUGGGCGUUACAGUGAAUUGUAUGGUGCCAUCUAUGCCUGCCUGAGCCCUCGCACCAGGGAUGGCUACUCAAACCUCCCAGGCCCUCAGCUGAUGAUGCCAGCUUGGCCACCUUCCCUGCCACCGCUGCCGCCGAUGGGCCCACACUCAAGGGACCCCCAGGAAGCCCCAGGGCCCUCCAGGCCCUCGAGACCUCCGCGCUUCCAAUCCCGAGCCAACACACAGCCCCCCAAGGAACCCUCCAACCUAUGAGCCCACUACCUUAUGUCCCCACUGCCAGGUCCCCUCCACACUCCCAGCUGAGAUCUUGGUCCCUGCUCCUGACCCAGGACAGGGCAGAGGGACCCUGGAUGUAGGGGAGGGGUCUGUUAAAGGACACCCCAUGUUGACCCAGUGGCUGUUUUUAACUCCGUGCAUAUAAAUACAAAUAACACAGACCUCCUUAUUCUGCAUUUUCAUGGAGAAUGCAGAUUUCUAGAGUGAAUUUUCCAUCAAGCCAAUUUAAUUCCUUGACCAAUUUUCAAUACAACACUAAGUGGUUUUGAAAACA